GUACGUCCGCGACUGCUUGGAAGUGCUCAGAUUAGGCGGCGGCCUCGAUAAUGGCAAGCGCGUGCGGCGGGGGAACAUGGACGACUGGAAGUACAUCUACGUCGAGACGGCAGAGAACUCGACAGAUGGGAUCGACAUGAAGACGUAUUUGCCGAACCCGAUCCACCGAGAGAUCACUACCGAGCACGCCCCCGAUCCGAACGCCGGACUGGAGAAGAAGGCGGACGCAGAGUGGGAGACGUCGCUCCGAUUGCCACCCACCCUCCAGCACAAGCCCUCUGCGCUCUUGCCUGAGCCCUGCGAUCCCGAGAACCCGCGUCUGUUCCACAUGUUCUGGACCGGACCGUUCACCGACAAGCCGUAUCUUGCGCUGCUCUCCUUCCUCUUCACGCAGAACACGGGCAUCCACCUCAAGGACUGGCCAGCGGAUGCGCGCGUCUGCCGUCCCCAGUUCUGGCUGUGGAUCAAUCCCGGUCCGGCUGCCGCGGUACAUAACCCCUCCGCGCUUCGCGAUAUGUACGACCAGCUAAAGGCGAGCCCAUGGGCAGCACCCUUCCUGCACCCGCGGUUCAAGGACGUCAUCCAGUUUAAGCUGUGGAACACAACGGAGCAGCUGGAUGGCGUUCCCGAGCUCAAGACCGAAUGGCGCGCACUCCGCGAUACGCUUUUCAACUCCGGCGGACACAUCAUCAACGUGCCGCAGAAGCAACAGCAGGAGGAGAGUGUGGCGGAUGUCAAUGGCACGGCGGCAGCAACGACGACGAAGGACGAGAACGACAUGCUCAAUCGGUUAGGCUCCAAGUCAUCGUCCGAAUACGACCGGUUGUCCGUCAUCCUCUCGGAUAUGGCGCGCUUCGUCCUGUGCCACCGCUUCGGCGGCAUCUACCUCGACGCGGACACCAUCUUCCUGCGCGACUGGGAGGAGCUCUGGGGCUGGAAGGGCGCAUUCGCCUAUCGCUGGUCGCGAUUACCCAAGUACAACACCGCUGUCCUCCGCAUGCACAAGAACUCCGCGCUCGGCACCUUCCUCUUCCGCACCGCGCUCAAGAACGGGCUCGACUUCCACCCCAUGAGCGUCUCACGGUACACGGCGGACGCGCAGACGGAGGGCCUGCUCCUACGGCUGCCAGACGCACUGUUUGAUUCGGCGUGGCUGAACACGGAGUACUACCAGCGGGACCGGCCGCCGCAGCCGUACUUCGAGGAGUUUGCGAACUUCUUUGAGACGCCGGCAAGGGACAGCGCGGCACCGCAGGCGCUUGGCUUUGAGGGCUUCUUCAGGGGGGCAUAUUCGUAUCACUUCCACAAUUUCUGGUGGAAACCUUUCGACCCAUCGAGAAACUGGCCGGACCUGGGACCACGAUUCGCCGCCAGCGAGCGCGCCGCACGGGAGGCCGCGCGCGCGGAGAGCGGCGCCAACACUAGAGACGACAAAGAGGACAGCGUGUGGGACGACAAGCGGGACCUCGACUGGUCGACCGUGCUCAAAAGGACUUUCGAAUCGUACAUACGCGGCGAGCGCCCGAAUAUGUAUGGUGAAUGGAUACACUGGUGAUAGGCAGCCUAUACUAGUGGCGCGUACCUACGCUACACUGGUGCCGACUCGCUACGCUGGUGCCGACUGGCUACGCUGGUGCCGACUAGCUACACCAGUGGCGACGACGACGCAGUAAUACUGUACGUUCUGUAGAAUCUUGUUUGUGUGUGACUGCUACAUACCUGUUGCUAUGCGAGGGAAUACCUAUGCGCCUACGGACACAAUGUGGAGGUCAUGACAUGGACAAUAGCAUUCCUUCUUCUCUCUC